AUGAGAGAGAGACGAGUGAGAGAAAGAGUAAAUUUGGUCAGUCAAACGUCCUCCGGUGAGGAAUGGACGGCGUUUGUAGAUAACUUGAGCAAGAGAGUAUCAAGGAGAGUUGUUAGAGAACUUUUUCAACACCAGGGUCAAGUAAUGCGGGUUUACAUUCCGAAUGUUUCAAAAAAUCCGAAGUAUAGGAAUCAAACGUUCGCUUUCAUUCAGUUUGAGAAUGAGGAAGGCUUAAAGAAGGCGAUUGAAAACGUCAAUGGAGCGUGGAUUGAUGGAAAGAAAGUGACUGUAGGGGCUGCGAAAUAUCAAAGUUAUAGGUCUAAAAUUGCAACUGCCAUUAGAUCCCAGAAAGAAAAAGAUAUGUCAAUCAAGGGAGAGGAGAGGACGAUAAGAGAGGGAGCAUAA